AGACGGAGGCGGUACUAAAGCCCAGGUGAGGCUGGGCUGAGCGUGGUAGGCGACGAAAGGGAUGUUGCUGGAGUGCUUUACCAAGAUACGAUUGAGCCUCACUUUUGUGUUAGCCACAAUCAUGCUUCUGCUGGCAAUCCGGUCACUCCGUGCAUUUCACGCGAAGCCACAGACAAGCUUCGGUAAGAUAAAAAAUCCAUUAUGUCGGGUGAGCGCUCCUUCCUCGUCUUACGAACAGCGUGGGCGACGGGAUGUGGGUCUCCAUGGGGCCGUGCGGAUGGCGUCAGGACGGCCCUCGUCUGGUGGGAAGACCCUGGACGUCAAGCUCGUCACAGAGGAGCCAGACCUGGUCUUGGCCCACCUGGAGGCACGCCGCGCCUCGGAUGAGCAAGCGUCUAGCGUUUCAGAUAUUGCAGAUUUGUAUCUGCGACGAAAAGAGCUGGUUAAAGAGCAACAGGGCGCUCUCACGCAGCGCAAGUCGUUAUCGGCAGAGAUCGGGAAGCUAAUGCGGGAAAAGCAGGACGCAGAGGCGGCGAAGCUGAAGACGCAAGUGGAGUACGCAAACAGCGUGGCAUCCACGGCGGAGGAGCAGCUGCAUCAACUAGAGCGGGAGAUGGACUCGCUCAUGUUACAGAUGCCCAACCUCUUGGACGACCGCGUCCCGGACGGCGACGACGAGCUCAACAACGAGGUGGUCCUAGAAUGGGGCGUGGAGAGGCGCAAGGUGGGCGAGAGGUACCUCUGGCACGACGACAUCGCCGCUAAGCUCGGGGGGUACGACCCGGCGGCCGCCGCGAGGCUUUCAGGGGCCCGCUUCAGUAUCUUGAGCGGUCCGCUGGCUCGCCUGGAACGCGCCAUCGUCCAGUUCUUCCUAGACCAGCACACGGCCGAGAACGGGUACCGGGAGGUGUCGGUGCCCUACAUCGUCAGCCGCUCCACUCUGACGGGCACGGGGCAGCUCCCCAAGUUCGAGGAGGACCUGUUCGCAGUGAACCACCAGGUGAACGGGGAGGACGCCUUCUUGAUACCCACGGCCGAGGUGCCCAUCACCAACCUGCACCGGGACGAGAUCCUGGAGGCCACACAGCUUCCCCUCAGCUACGUGGGCCUCACCCCCUGUUUCCGCGCUGAGGCCGGCUCCUAUGGCCGAGACACCAAGGGGUUGCUUCGGCAGCAUCAGUUCCACAAGGUCGAGCUGGUCAAGAUCACCACGCCCGAGCAAAGCGACGCCGAGCACGAGGCCCUGACACGGGAUGCGGAGGAGUGCCUCCGGCUCUUGGAGCUGCCUUACAGAAAGGUACGCCUGUGCUCGGGGGACAUCGGCUUCGCGGCCGCCCACUGCUACGACCUGGAGGUAUGGCUGCCCGCCCAACAGACUUACCGGGAGAUCGCUUCCUGUUCCAAUUGCCGAGACUUUCAGGCCCGGCGCAUGGCCUUGCGGUAUCGGCCAGCCCCCUUGGGAGCAGCCAAAGAAGCGGGGAAAGGGAAGAAAAGCACGGUGCUCUGCCACACGAUCAACGGCUCGGGUCUGGCCGUUGGGCGGACGCUUGUGGCUAUCCUGGAGAAUUAUCAGGAGGAAGACGGCUCCGUCAGGUUGCCUGAGGUGCUAGUACCCUACAUGGGAGGGACGACAAAGCUGGAGCCCGUAGCGAAGAAGUGAGAGGGCCGCGGGCAUCUGGGGGAGCAAGAGGGAACACGAGGGUGGGAUCGGGG